UGGUUGAAGUGCAGUUUUCUUAAAGAUGUCAAUGUUCAAACUCCCAAAGAAGACGCUCAUCUUUGCAGAACUUUUAUCUUCCUUUCCCGACCUUGAAGCUCGAAGCGUCGCCAUUUCCGUCAUGUUUCCAAUACUGCCCAGUGCUGGACCUUGGGAUCCUACUUAUUCGAUGUCGUUAUUGUACUACUACGGAUGCCGGAUGAACAGCUCAUGAAGCCCAAACAAAUGAAACCUGAUUGUGCUCACCAGGUGCUCACUUACAAUUCCUUCUUGAAGCCUGAAGGAAGGUGGAUAGUAUGGGCAACUACUCGGUAUGUACAAAGCCCCGUGGCAGCGAUAUGGACAGCUUUGAGAGAUUGGGACGGAUAGGGAUGGUUGCGCAAAAUUAACGAAUCCAAAAUAACCCGGCAAACUUUUGAAGGGUCCU